UCACUCUUGUUUUUUCCUUCUUAAAUUUGAAGUUUAUUGUUGAUUUCAUUGAUUUUGUAUAUGUUAUAUCAAUUUGCAUGCCUAUUCGUGCGAGUACGAAUUUCUUUCGUCCUUUUUUUAUGUGUUGUUUGCUGUGUGAAAGUGUUUGAAAAUUUGUCUGUGUUUUUCUUCUUCUUUUUUGUAUUGGAUUGGCAUCAUCUUUCUCUGAACUCUAAACUUCAUAGAAACAAUAUAGAAAGAACCUAAAACGUUUAGCGGUUAAAUACUCAUACUCCAUUUGUAUUUCAUUGAGAGAGAGAAUAGAUGUUGUUCCGCUUGCUAGGCUGUAACCACUCUUCUUCUCAUGUUUGCUUUGUAAAUCAAAGGUAUUGUAAAAAGAGAAUUCUAAUCUUUAAAAAUAGAUGGAUUGACGCGUUUGAAGGAAAGAUGGUUACGAAUACGAGGAAACUAUGCUCGGUCUGUUCUUUAGCCUGUGAUGGACUUGUGUCAGAGAAAGUUUUAUGUUGAAAAAUGAAAGAUUGGGGAUGAGAAUUUCACUCUGUAUUUGGAGUUUGUUGUCUGUAGUUGGACUGCAUGUCUUUCUUGCAUUAUUUAUUGCGUAAAUUGAGAGAAAGGUAGCAAUGCUAUGGUUGCGUAAUGAUCGCAAGAGGUGGUUCCAUAUUGGGAGUAGCCUGUGGGCUAUUGGUUUAUCUUCUGGUAUUUAGGCGCCUGAAAUCUCUUCGUAGUUUCAUUUCUCUAACUGGACAGAAAAAAAUUUAGGUGAGGCCGGAGAUAACUUGAUUAUCAGUUUCUCUUGCUACUGCUGAUGAAAAUAAGAGUGGUUUUGAAUUGGGGAUGGAGAGAUAGAGAGAAAAUGGUCGUGCUUUAGAACUAUUACAGGAAUUAACCUAAUCACAGUGGACUAUCAACUAUUACAGAAAUUAACUUAAUGUCUUGCUUUUGAACUUUGAGGUUUGUGAUCAACUGCAAUGAUGAUUUCAUUAGUCUGUUUCUGGUUUUUACUUGCUUUGAGGAUUGGGCAUGCUUUUUAUCUAGUCUGUCUUUGAUAAUGAGGUUUUAUAAUCUUCAGAAGUUCUUACUAGUGAGUUGCUUUCUUUAUUGAGUAACUUUUUUAUAUUACAGACUAGAGUGCUUUUUCCUUUCACAGAUCUGAAGAUUGAUGACAAAUAGUCUGGUUUGGGUAUCAAAAACAAAAAUCAAGAAAAUAAUGGAAGCACAUCCUACUUUCUCCAUUGAAAGAUCAAAGCAACUCAAUAGCAUGGGGAUGUCUGGAGCACUUUCUUCAUCUUUGUCAAUCCUUCCAAUACCCACAGAAGAUAUGUAUCCUAGGCUGCCUGAAUCACAAUUGGAUAUUGUAGAUCAAGAACUUAUGACAAGACCUUAUACUCAUUCAAGUUAUUUGAAUUCCAACGGAGUAGUUGGGCAUAUUUUUUCGUCUUCCUCUGCAAAUUCAAUUGACCUUCAUCACUCAUCUCUUUCACCUGAUGAAAAAAACUCUACUAACGCUCAUUUUAUUUCACAAUCAUCAACCAACAUUGCCCAAUUUCCAUUAUCAUAUUCUUCGAGUACUGCACCACCAACUUCAGCAACACCAACCCAUUUUUCCAAAGAAAACAGUGCUUCCUGGCAUACAGAGUCCCUGCCAAGUUUUCUGGAUUUUCCUGCACAUGACUCAAUGGACGAUAAUAGGGUAGAAAGUAGUGAUUGCCCUAUAAUGGCAUCCGAGGAGUAUUCUAAGCAAAAUGAUUGGCAGGAGUGGGCUGAGCGGCUAAUCAGUGAUGAUGACACUUUGACUUCUAAUUGGGAUGACCUUCUCACUGACAACAUUCGAGACAUUGAGCCAAAGGUUGCAAAACCACUUUCACAGUUUCCAGGACAUCAAUCCCAAGGUCUACAACAACUUCCUGCUUCAUAUGGAGACAAUUGCUCUGGAGCUACCCUCUCCUCCUCAGCAAAUUCUACUCCUGCCAAGUCACGAAUGCGUUGGACACCAGAACUUCACGAGGCGUUUGUGGAGGCUGUCAACCAACUUGGGGGAAGUGAAAGAGCUACUCCAAAGGGUGUGCUGAAGCUCAUGAAAGUUGAAGGAUUAACUAUAUAUCAUGUGAAAAGCCAUUUGCAGAAAUACAGGACAGCUAGAUAUAGACCGGAGUCAUCUGAAGGAGUUGCGGAGAAAAAAGCAGGUUCCAUUGAAGAGAUGUCAUCUCUAGAUUUAAAAACUGGUAUUGAGAUCACUGAAGCUCUACGACUACAAAUGGAGGUUCAGAAGCGGUUGCAUGAACAGCUUGAGAUUCAAAGAAAUCUGCAGCUGCGAAUAGAAGAACAAGGAAGGUACCUCCAGAUGAUGUUUGAGAAGCAAUGUAAAUCUGAAACUGAAGCGUUGAAGGCAUCAUCAUCUACCAUUGAGAGUCAAUCUGGAGUAUCUCCGAAUGCCACGAGAGACUUCCCGGUCAAAAAUGUUUUGGAAGCAGCAUCACAAGUGGACCAUUGUAGGUCAGGACCUGAUCAAGCUAACCGAAGUAUCACAGUUGAGGAAGGCUCGCAGGAAAAGGGUCGGAAUCCUGAUUCUCCCAAAACUCAACAUGGUAUUGCUAGUGAUGAUAGUGCACAAGCCCCAAAACGUCAAAGAACAGAGUAAGCCAUAUGAAAACGUGAUGAAUCGAGCUCGAAGGUUGAGUUUCUUCUGUCCUAUUAUGAAUGAGUGCAAUGUACAUUUAGCAGAUGAUGUCACCUCAAUGGCUUGGAAGGCUUAGGUCAAGUUUUGUUGUUAGAAAUCCUUUUUGUUAGAUAGUUUGUAAAUGACAGUAAUUGUAAGCCAUACUUCAGCUUGCGCAUACUCUAUCCUUGGGAUAUGUGGAACUCUUCAUGCGCCUUCGAUUACCGUUCCUGACAAGAAUAAAAAGCAAAUAAUGAGUCAAA